GAGUUGUGGUUUCUUAUUAUGGGAGUUCAUGUCUGGCUAGGGGGGAAACGAAUUCGGCCACAUCUCCGGGUCGAUCCACUAGAGGAUUUACGGUGUGUGGGAGAGGCCCAUGGAGGUGCACAACGAGGUAGAUGGAUCAGGUGUACCCCUGGCCGUGCUCCUCAAGCGAGAGCUGUGCAACCAGAAGGUGGAGAAACCGGAUAUCCUGUUCGGGGAGGCGAGCAAGAGCAAGAAAGGGGAGGACUUCACGCUUCUCGUGGCCAAUUGCCACCGCACUCCAGGCGAGGGCCCCGGUGACAAUGCAGGCGGCGGCGACACCAUCUCGAUGUUUGUGAUUGUUGAUGGCCACAACGGACCUGCGGCUGCAGUAUACACUAGGGAGAAUCUCCCAAACAAUGUGUUAGCUGCUAUUCCUCCAAAUCUUACAAGUGAGGAGUGUACAGCGGCAUUGCCAAGGGCACUAGUUGCAAGUUUUGUUAAAACAGAUAAAGACUUCCAAACAAAAGGUAUUGUUCUUUCAUUAGAUUUACACUUUUAAGUACUGCAAGGGAUGAUAUAUGUACGCAUGAUUAUUAUGUGGAGGCUUAUAGCAUUACCCCCUCUUCAAAAAUGUAUCUUCCCUUUAUUACAUGUUCUUAUGUAGAAGUACUAUUUGUUUAAUAGGAUAUAAGGUAUACAUAUUUAUCAUCCAUAAUAAAAAAGUAGUUAUCAAUGUCUGGGUGAUCUUUGCAAAGCUAAACAUAUUACUGUUUGCUGCAUUGAUGGUACCUUUAUGAUUUUUAGCUGCUUAUAUUGCAUAGUAUCAUCAGUAUUGUUGCUCUGCAGUGUGAAUUGACUGCAACAUUGUUUUCAGCUGCACGCUCAGGAAUCACGGUGACUUUUGUUAUAAUAGAUGGAUGGGUUGUCACUGUAGCAUCAGUUGGUGAUUCGCGUUGUAUUCUAGAAUCUGCUGAAGGUUCAGUUUACUUCUUGUCUGCUGAUCACCGCCUGGAUGCCAAUGAGGAGGAGUAUGUUCA